AUGAAUAUAUCCAAUAUGUCGGAGCAAUCUGAACAAGGCAGUCUAAAUAAUAGUAACAUAAGCGCUUCGGAUAAUAGAAACAAUUUAUUUAUAAUUAAUGAUGAUGGAAGUUUUAUCGAUGAUAAUAAUAUAAUAGAAGAUGAAUGUAUUACUCCAAAAGAUGACGAUGAAAAUGUUAAUUCAAGAAAAAAAAAAAAUGAUAUUUUAAAUAUAAAUGAAAAUAAAAAUGGAAGAAAUGGUAGACAUGGUCCACGCUAUGAUCCAAAUGCUACUACCAGAAAUGCAAUUCAAAACAAUCUUUCUAAUAGAUCUAAUUUUAAUGAUGCCAUAAAUAAUAAUUUAAAUGAUUCGGCUAGCAACAAUAGUAAUACUAACGAUAAUUCAAACUACAAUAAUUCACAAAAUAAUAUAUGUGCUUCAAACAAUAUAAAUAUUAUAUCGGACCAAAUAAAUGGUUCCGCAAUAUGCAAUAUGAAUUUAGCACACACUCCAAUUCAAGACCAUAAUGAAUAUAAUAUAGUUAGAGAAAAUAUCCCUAAUAAUAUGGCACAACCUAUUCCUACAAAUAAUUUUGAUUUCAAUAAAUUUACACAAGCUCAAAAUCAUUACAUAGAAAAUACAACUCAAGGGGGACAUCAAAAUAGUAGUGCAAACAGAAAUAACACAAGUAGUAAUACAAAUGGAAAUCAAAAUACAAACAGAAAUAGAGACACAAAUAAUAAUAACAACCGAAGUAAUCGUGAUAGUAAUGGUAGUAGUAAUAGUGGUGAAAAUAAUGACGAUGAAAAUAAUAACCAUAAUGAAAAUAAUUAUAGUGAUGAUAUAGAAAAUGAAGCAGAUGCAGAAGCAGAUGCAUCUAAUGUAUUAAUUAAUAAUAAUACAUCUGGUAUUAACAUUGUAGAUAAUCUAACACAACAUUUACAAAAAGAAUUAACAUGUCCUAUAUGUUUAGAUUAUUUUUAUCUACCAGUAACAAUGAAUUGUGGACAUACAUUUUGUAGAUAUUGUAUUGGUCAUAAUAAAUUAAAUGGAAAAAAUUGUCCAUUAUGUAGACAACCAUUAGGUCAUUCAUCUUGUAUAAAUACUAUAUUAUCUAAUCUAGUCCGUAUAUAUAAUUUGAGAAGAAAAUCAUUAAAAAUAUAUAAAUCUGUUGAAGUAGUAAAUACAGUAGAUGAAAUAUGGUGGAAUGAAAAUUUUAUAAAAUCUCAAGUUAGUGUUUCAUUAUUUUUAAGAAUAUUUUUACAUGAUAUGAUAUCACCUCCGAUAUUCUUUGAUGAUCUAUCAUCAUGUAUAAUAGAUUUUUUUACUGUUAAUAAUUUAUGGUCAAAAGCAAAAUAUGUAUUUAAUAUUAAUGAUUGUAAAGCUUUUAGUGAACUAGUUGGAUAUGACAAAGAUAAUAAAGAAUUAACUAAUGAAAGACUUCAUGCUUGGGUUGAAAGAUAUAUUACACAAAAUCCAUCUAUGUGUAUGAGGAAAGAUGAAAAAAUUAUUUUAAAAUUAUAUCAAGAUAGAACCCAUAGAAUUGAUAGUCAUAUAUUUGAUUCUUCAGUUUUACCAAAUAGAUUACCAUGGGAUGGUGGUAGACAUGCUAAAAGUUUAAUACAUAUGCCACAUUCAUCUGUUUCAUUAUCACAUCUAUUAUUUGUCAAAGCAGAUAAUAAUAAUAUUGGUGUCGUAGAUUGUGGAUCAACCAUUGGAACCAUGGUUAAAGUGAAUAACUAUCAUGUACUUAAAGAAGGGGAUAUAAUACAUAUAGGAGAUAGAUUAGAAGUCACUGUUUCUAUUGAUAAAAAUACUGCCGGUAUGCCAUAUAAAGGAUAUGUAUGGAAUAAAAAUUCAAAUAAAGUUCUAGAUAGACAUGAACUUAAUGAAUUAAUUAAAUCGGAAUCAUCUACACAGGCAGAUGCAGGAGUUACCGGUUCUGCUAGCGGAAAAACUAUAGACACAUCUAACAAUAACAAUAGCAACAAUAAUCAAGCAAAUUUAAAUAAUAAUUCUGAUAUGAACAUUUCAGAUGAUAAUAAUACAUUACUUAACUUUUGUGAAAAUAUUGAAUCAAACUUAUUAAUCAAAUUUGAUUUUGGUACAGUAAAAGAAGAAAUAACUUUAAAAACCGAAUAUAUAGAUCCUAAAGGUGUCGUAUUAGGUCGUGGGCCAUAUGCACAAUCUAGUUAUAAAAAAAUAUCUGUUACAAAUUCUAAUGGAUAUGUAUCUAGAGAACAUUGUUUAAUUUAUUAUGAUGGAUCUAAACCUCCUGGUGAAAGAUGGCUUUUAAGAGAUACUAGUACGUUGGGAACUUUCUUAAAAAUCAAACCAUUUUCAGAACCCGUACCAUUACCAAUAGGUUCUAUAUUUAAAGCAGGUCAAUGUAAAAUAGAAGUAUGCUCCCAUGAUACUGUACAAUUUGCACAAUAUCCUGAAAGAUCCAUAUCAUUACAUAAUACAAAUAAUCCAUCAAAUGCAGAUAAUUUUAGUAAUAAUAAUAAUCCUCUUGGUGAUAAUCGAAAUGCUGAUAACGACCAUAAUAAUGCAAGAAACAAUAGUUCAGGCAACAGUGGCAAUAAUAGUAAUGGAACCAACUCACGUAAUUAUAGAAAUAAUCAAUAUUAUAGUCAAAUAGAUUCAGGUGCAAACACAUCUGCAAAUAAUAAUUCAGAACAUUCUGAGCAUUUAGAAAAUUCUGAAACUAGUGCAAACAGUGAAACAAGUACACAUAGUAACAAUGAAAGUAAUCCUAAUAAUCAAAGAGGAGGAUGUUAUAAUUUCAAUUUCCAUAUUGGACCAAAUAAUAAUGAAAUAUCUAGACCUAUACAUGAUAAUGCAUAUUAUGGUAGUGAUAAUCACUACAAUAUAAAUAGUGACGUUAUUCAAAGUUUUAUACAAAAUAAUGCUCAACUUGCAAAUCAUGAAAACAAUUUUAUUUCACGAAAUAUUAUGAAUACUCCUCCCACCGAAUCUCAACAUACUAAUAGAGAUACUUAUUUUUAUAAUUAUUUAAGACACCAUGAUAGAAAUAUUGCAAAUAUUGCCAAUGCAAAUGAUGCUAACCCUAUAAACAAUAUCAACAACAUGAGUAAUACUAAUCCAUAUUGGACACGCUACAAUCGUGGGGACAUACGAAAUUGUGCUCCAUAUACUAUUAAUCAACGUGAAUAUCGAGAAAACAAUAAUAAUUAUUAUGGACAUGUUAAUGAAAUAAAGGAUGAAAAUGCUGGAGAAGAAUUAUAUCAUGAAUCAGAGAUGAGUAGACAAAACCUAAGUGUUGCGAACUUUUCACGAAGCCAAAGUGGGGGCGACAACUGGGACUUUAGGUACCAAUACAUGCAUUUUUAA